UUCUUCUUCUGCCGCUGCUGCUGCUGCUCCCCAAGUCCUCGGUGUGAAAGCAGCAAAAGCACCGUAGACCCACACAGCCCGACUGCAGAAAUAAGUAGGAAAUGGCGAGGCGGAUGGACGAGGAAUACGAUUACCUCUUCAAAAUUGUCCUGAUCGGGGAUUCCGGCGUCGGCAAAUCCAACCUUCUCUCCCGCUUCACUCGCAACGAGUUCUGCUUGGAAUCCAAGUCCACCAUUGGCGUCGAGUUCGCCACUCGCACUCUCCAAGUAGUGGAGGGAAGGGUGGUGAAAGCUCAGAUAUGGGACACAGCUGGGCAGGAAAGGUACAGAGCCAUAACCAGUGCCUACUACAGGGGUGCACUUGGAGCUCUACUUGUGUACGACGUCACGAAACCGAUCACGUUUGAAAAUGUCAGCCGGUGGCUCAAGGAGCUGAGGGACCACGCCGAUGCCAACAUCGUGAUCAUGCUGAUCGGGAACAAGACGGACCUGAAGCACCUGAGAGCAGUUGCGCUCGAGGAUGUGAAUGUCGAGAAGGCUUUCCAGACGAUACUGUCGGAGAUCUACCGCAUCAUAAGCAAGAAGUCGCUGUCGUCGGGGGAAGGGGCCGCAGCAGUUAGUGUGAAGGAAGGGCAGACGAUCGAUGUGGGUGGAGGGUCCGAAGGGAACACAAAGAAACCUUGCUGCAGUACUUCCUAGAUAGAUUUGAUGUCAUUUUCUUUCGCAGUGUUCUUGCUUUUUCCUUGAAAUUAUGUUGUUAGCAGCUCCCCCUUUGAUAUUGGUUUUCCUGAGGAUUUGAUUUCCUCUCUGUUCGUUGUUGAAACUUGAAAGUGUAAUUCUUUUGCUUGAUCCCCUGUCGAUUUUCAGGUCAAUAUAGCUUCUAUUGUUUCGUCAUUGCA